GGUUAAUUUACGUAUGUGCCCCUGUCUCAAAACGGGGAACAUUCCAGAAUCCUGAUGGCCGGUCCAGGGGCAUAUCUGGUAAAGCCCCAAAAAAUAAAUGAAAAAACCCGCAUAAACAAUUAAUUCUCUCCUUUUCUCCCCUCACCCGGUAUAUAAUGAGAACGAACGAGAUAUCAAUACAGUCCAUCACCAUCACUCACACACCCCCACCCCAUUUGCUAGCUGCAGUACGAUACCGCUCAUCCGAGUCCGCCGAGAUCACCUUUCGUUUCGAGCAGAGCUAUCCUUCACCUUCAGGAGUUCAAGAUCAAGAUGCAUAUGGCUAAUUCCUCUGGUUGUGGAUCCACCUGAUUUGGACCGGUUAUGAAGCUGAGGUUCGUGACAUCGGCAAAG